UCGGCCCCGGGCUUGGAAGCGGCUCGGGGGCGCCCUUUUGGACAGCGACCUCGUCUCCCCCCCACCCCCCCUCCCGUCUCCCCAGCCCCAGCCCCUGGAGACCCAGGGUCGCCAGCGCCCAGCCAAGGAGCCGGCCGGGAAGCGCGAUGGGGGCUCCCUCCGCCCUGCCCCUGCUCCUGCUCCUCGCCAGCCGCUGGGCGCCCGGCGGGGCCAACCUCUCCCAGGACGGCUACUGGCAGGAGCAGGAUUUGGAGCUGGGAACUCUGGCUCCACUCGACGAGGCCCUCAGCUCCACAGUCUGGAGCAGCCCUGACAUGCUGGCCAGUCAAGAUAGUCAACCUUGGACAUCUGAUGAAACAGUGGUGGCCGGCGGCACGGUGGUGCUCAAGUGUCAAGUGAAAGAUCACGAGGACUCCUCCCUGCAGUGGUCUAACCCUGCGCAGCAGACGCUCUACUUUGGGGAGAAGAGAGCCCUGCGCGACAAUCGGAUUCAGCUCGUUAGUUCUACACCCCACGAGCUCAGCAUCAGCAUCAGCAAUGUGGCCCUGGCGGACGAGGGCGAAUACACCUGCUCCAUCUUCACCAUGCCUGUGCGGACGGCAAAGUCCCUUGUCACUGUACUCGGAAUCCCACAGAAGCCCAUCAUCACUGGCUAUAAAUCAUCAUUACGAGAAAAGGAGACAACCACUCUGAACUGUCAGUCUUCUGGGAGCAAACCUGCAGCCCAGCUCACCUGGAGGAAGGGUGACCAAGAGCUUCACGGAGAACCAACUCGAAUACAGGAAGAUCCCAACGGGAAAACCUUCACUGUUAGCAGCUCAGUGACAUUCCAGGUGACCCGGGAAGAUGAUGGAGCAAAUAUUGUGUGCUCUGUGAACCACGAAUCUCUAAAAGGAGCUGACAGAUCCACCGCGCAGCGCAUUGAAGUUUUAUACACACCAACUGCCAUGAUCCGGCCAGACCCGCCACAUCCCCGUGAAGGUCAGAAGCUGAUGCUACACUGCGAAGGCCGUGGAAAUCCGAUCCCCCAGCAAUACCUCUGGGUGAAGGAGGGCAGUGAACCACCCUUGAAGAUGACCCAGGAAAGCGCCCUCCUCUUCCCAUUCCUCAACAAGAGUGACAGCGGCACCUACGGCUGCACGGCUAUCAGCAACAUGGGCAGCUACACUGCCUACUUCACUCUCAAUGUCAACGACCCCAGUCCGGUGCCCUCGUUCACCAGCACCUACCAUGCCAUUAUCGGUGGAAUUGUGGCUUUUGUCGUCUUCCUGCUGCUCAUCCUGCUCAUCUUCCUUGGCCACUACUUGAUCCGACACAAAGGAACCUACCUGACACACGAGGCCAAGGGCUCCGAUGAUGCCCCAGAUGCGGACACGGCCAUCAUCAACGCAGAAGGCGGGCAGUCAGGCGGAGAUGACAAGAAGGAAUAUUUCAUCUAGGGGAGCUCACUCACCUCCUGUUGCCCCUACCCCCAGGGGCCCCAUGGGGACUGCUGGGGUCAUCACCAACCUGGACUUGUACAGAGCGGACCCCAGGGCCGCCCCUCCCGCUUGCUCCCCAGCCCACCCAGCCCCCCCUGUACAGAAUGUCUGCUUUGGGUGCGGUUUUGUACUCGGUUUGGAAUGGGGGGGAGGAGGGCGGGGGGGAGGGGAGGGUUGCCCUCAGCCCUUUCCGUGGCUUCUCUGCAUUUGGGUUAUUAUUAUUUUUGUAACAAUCCCAAAUCAAAUCUGUCUCCAGGCUGGAAAGGCAAGGGCCCUGGGGUGAGGAAAGGAAACAAGAACUACAGCAACAUCUAGAACGUGAGGAGGGAAAUGAAGGUUGCAGGGGGAUGAGAGGAGUAUAGAGCACCAUUGGCUUGCAGGUGGAAGCUCUCCCCAGCCUUUCUUCUAACCCCCAAUGGAUGGCAAAGAAGCUUCCCAGACCAAUGCAGGAACCCAGGAAUGGGAGCAGGGGCCAGCCACGCAGGGCAAGCCACUGGCAGGGGCAAGGCUCACUCUCUCUCUAUCAGAGCCCCUCUUCCCUCACGAUGGGAAGAAGGGAGUGGAUGGGAGGGUCUCCCCAGGAGAUGGGGCCUGCAGGUGGCAUUCAGCUCUAGAGGGACCAAGGGCUUCACCAUGGAGAGGAACAUGGGGUUCCUCCCAGGAAGGGUAGCUUUGGGGAGGAAAGAGAGUGGAGAUGGCCCCAUCCACCGAUUUGCCUCCCUAUGGUGAAUGAAGACAGGCUGUUUGCACAACAACUGCCCUAGGGGACCAGAAGAGCUCAGCUGCCCCUCCUAGUUCCAGCAGCUGUGGGAGAGUUUGCUCUGGGGCAUCAACUGCAUCUGCUUCCCCCGCUGAGGGGCCCCCCCUCACUCUUACCCAAGCCCUUGGACUGUUGCACGGCAACCACUCCUCUCAUGGCAUUGCUCAGCAACGACUCCUCCACCUUGUGCCACCCUGUGCCCCUUCCCCUUCCCUCUGCCACCCUCACGUCCUUCCUCCCUCAGCAGCCAGGCAGACAUAACAACAAAAAUACUAAACGGAGCUUCACUGCACUGAGCUGUUUCCUGCCCAAACUAAGGGAAUAAUGUGAACUGUGUGUGUGUGUGUGUGUGUGUGUGUGUGUGUGUCAGUGCUUAUAUGUGUGCAUGUAUGUGCACCUGUGUGUGUAGAUUUAUGUGAAUGACAAGUAUAGGAAGAGGAUGGUCAAGGGCCCAGAGGUCCUGGGCAGGUGAAUGGGGCCUGGGAUGUGCAAAAGAGGCCUGUGGGAGUGGAGGCUUCCUAGCCAGCGUUUGUACCUCACCUGGGAUACUCUUCUAUCCUAGUCUUUUCCAUGCCAUUCCCAAUGCCCACCUUGAUAAAAACAAAACAAAAACAAACAACAACAAAAAAGGGAUCCCAGGGUGUGGUUUUGCCCAGCUGUGCAUUUCAUACCUGCGUGAAACACAGCUUCCUCAGCCCCUCCCCCUGCCUCCCCUCUCCAAGCAGUGGAGUCAGUGCACCAGCCUUUGCUAUGCAGCCCCUGGGCCUCUCCCUGGCACUGACUCUACACUCCUAUCACCUAUGCCCAGAGAGUAGAAGGCUGGGUCUUGUCCAUCCCUGCUUUCCGUUUUCUGUCUUCCUUCCUUCUUUUGGCCCAGCUGGUUGCCAUGGAGAUGAGGUGGCUCACCCUCCCUUCCCUGGCCAGCUCGCCCUUCCUCAGAUCCAGGAUGCUCUCCGACAUCCCCCUCCUCCAGCAUGUCCUCCCUGCUCUGACCAACAGGCGUUAUGUACGAAACCGGGGCAGCUGCAGCCCAGCAGGGCUGCCCACUCCUUCAGUUCAGGUAGUACCUUUAUGAAUCUUCCAGCCCCUGGCUUGGGCUGUGGACACCACAGAAAACCCCUCACCUAAGCCAGGGCCUCCUCCUUUGACAGCUGCGAGGGAGCGUUGGGUUCCAGGCCUGUUUUGGGCUCUUUGUCUCCCAGCACCCGCUUUUGGGAAAAACAAGUUUUCCUCUUCGAGCUGAACCACUCUGUCCAUAUUACACAGAAGCCAUAUUUGUACUGGGGGCGGGGGGGCCGGGGCUGUUGUGCUGUGUGUGUCUGUCUGUGGGUAAGG